AUGGGUGACUGGAAGUCAAAAUGGUUUUACGUUUUUAAGGUUCACAGGAUCGAACCGACUUUAAUCGCAGACCCAGUAUGUCGCAUAUUUGUUGACUUAGAUAAAGUUUGUUACUCUGUUUUUCGAGAUCUUUUGCUAACUCGUUCUUUUGUUGUCAUCGCAGAUAGACCAGCUCGACCAACGCUUAGCGCUCAUAAGAAGGGGGUAGCUGAAAUUCUUGGGAGUCUUCCGGUACAAGAUCGCGACUGGCGAUUGCUGUGUACGACUGCUAAAUUGCGAGAACACAAACUGAUCCCCGAGAACGCGAGUCUUCAACGGGAGCCAGUAUAUAAAGAACCAUCUGAGAGACAGCAGGAGCGGAUAGAUAAACGGCUUUCCAAGCAAACUCCUCGAGAAACUUCAGACAUGACUUUCCUGAAGUCUGCCCCUGUCCUGAAGAUCAAGCAAAAGGGUGGGACACCGGCAUCUUCACCAGUCGUCGCCCAGAAGAGGAAGAGCGAUGUGAUGACUUCGCUCGCUGCAGAUUCCUCCAAGAAGUUGGCCAAGACCACUCAGGAUAAGGGGAAGAAGGUUAUCAUUGAUUCUCCGGUUCGCCCUCGCGACUUCCUGGCCAUGCAGGAAAAAUUACUGGCCGAGAUUCCUUAUGAGGAACUUGUUUCUCGAUCUACUGAACUGGCCGUACAAUCUGUGGCCUUGUUUAUGAAAGCCGCGGCCACGCCUUCGAAGGAACUUGACUCGCUGAAGAGGCAGAACGCCCAUUUUCAAGAAAACAUAAAGAGGCUGAAGCAGGAGGUGGCCAAGAUGGAGGAACUUCACAAGGAGCUCGAGGAAGUCAAUCGGGCCAAAGAACAGUUGGAGCUCGAGCUCAAGAAGUCGCAGGACACAAUCGGCGAGAUGGCUCGCGACUUGGAGGCUGAGAAAGAGAGUGGGAAAAAACAGUAUGAUCAGGCUGUGUCUGAUUACAUUUAUACUACUCUCUCCAAGGUCCCUGACUUCGACUUCUCGCUGCUUGGAGAUGAAGCUGCUGAAAUGGCUGAAGCCUUUCGCUCGAUGUCUCCUACCCGGACUCAAGGCAACCUUCCAGAUGAAAUCGAGGGAGUGCAGGCUGAGGAGGUCGAGAAUGAAGUUGUGAGCAAGAUCGUGGAUGAGGCUGCUCCUGAUGAGACUACUCCCGCUGCUUGA